AUGUCGACUCAACAAGCUCACCCUACUUUGCUCAUUCCGGGCCCAAUUGAGUUUGAUGAUGCCGUCUUGCAGUCUAUGAGCCAUUAUAGUGAAAGUCACGUCAGCGCUCCAUUUGUAGCGGUCUUCGGCGAAACUCUCUCUAUGCUGCGCAAGCUCUUCCAAUCUACCGAUCCCUCUUCCCAACCCCUCGUCAUUUCUGGUUCCGGUACUCUUGGAUGGGACCUCGUGGCUGCAAAUUUGGCAGAACCAGGUGAUGAGGUCUUGGUUCUCCAUACUGGCUAUUUUGCAGAUUCGUUCGCGGAUUGUUUUGAAACUUAUGGAGUCAAACCCACACAAUUGAAGGCGAAGAUCGGAGAGAGACCUCAAUUGGAUGAGAUUGAAAAGGCAUUGAAGGAGAAGAAACAUAAGUUGAUCACGGUCACUCAUGUGGAUACUUCGACGGGAGUUUUGAGUGAGUUGAAGAAAUUGAGUGAGCUUGUUCAUCGAGUUUCUCCUGAGACGUUGGUUGUGGUAGAUGGCGUUUGUAGUGUGGGAUGCGAGGAGAUUGAAUUUGAUAGUUGGGGUUUGGAUGCUGUCAUUACAGCGAGUCAGAAGGCGAUUGGUUGUCCAGCUGGUCUUUCAAUUUCGUACUAUAGUGGUAGAGCGAUUGAGACAUUCAAGGCUAGAAAGACUCCUCCAGGAUCAUAUUUUGCUUCGUUCAAGAAUUGGUUGCCAAUAAUGCAAAACUACGAAGCUAAAAAGCCAUCCUACUUCGCCACUCCCUCUCCUCAACUAGUCCACGCUUUACACACUUCUCUUACUCAAAUUCUCUCUAUUCCUCUCUCUGAACGUUUCGCUAAACACAAAGCUACAUCACAAAAAAUCAAAAAGGCAGUCGCGGAUCUAGGGCUCAAACAAUUGGCACCUAAUCCUGCCGAUCAGGCAAAUGGUAUGACAGCUAUUUAUCUCCCAGAAGGUGUUAAAGCACCGGAGCUAUUGCCAAAUUUGGUGAAGAAGGGAGUCAUUUUUGCAGGAGGCUUACAUAAAGAGAUUGCGACAAAGUACAUUAGGGUGGGACAUAUGGGAGUUAGUGUUAUGAAUGAGGGCAGAGGGGAUGUAGAGAAGGCCAUCGAGGCACUUGGUACUGGAUUGAAGGAGGCAGGGUAUGAAAAGGCUUAG